GGCAAGGAGCACGCGACGGCCGCUGUUUAAUUUUGCACGUGUGCAGGCCAGCGGACUCGCACCUGUUGCGGGCCCCGGCGCGCGGGGAUCAUGUUUUCAGGACGCUCUCUACACCACAAAUUGCUGCCUAUAAUAUCAGCCAAAAGCCCGCGGCCUGCCGGCGCCGGCUCGCCGUCUCGCCUGCUCGUCUCUCGUCUCGUCUCCUCUCGUCCGUCUCGUCUGGACGCCGUAACGAGCGUCACGACGCCUCUUCCACCGAGCCGGGCUUCGGCGACGGGAUUCGGUAGCAGAGACGACCCGGACGUGCGAUUUGGUGAUGUGGGCGUAGCGACAAUGGAGCCCCGAGAUACAAACGAUCAGCAGGUGACGGCGGAAAUGCGGAGGGGGCGGAGAAAUUUUUCCCUGUAGCUACAGCAACUGCGUCAAAUGUUCUGUCCGGAUUGGGAUCCUAACACAUGCAUCGAAUGUCAGCACGGAGAGAAAUGAAGUUGCUUGCUACGUACGAAGAUGACAAAUUAUGUUUCACGUAGAGCGGCGGCAUCCCGAUGGAACAAGAAUGAUGCGGCAAGAUAUCUACUGGACGUGAAGAAUGAAUUACCUAUUCAGGCAUACUGUAAUUUUUGGCUGUUCAUCGUAUAUCGAACCAAAAAUACGUAAUUUGAUAACUGUAAAUAGAAAUUUUCUACAAAAUAGACUUGUAUUUCAUGUCACAGUAGAAAAUAAAUUU